AUGAAGUGGAGUAACAUUAUCCAGACAAUAAUCUUCCUUUGUCUUAUUGGGCCUGGAAUUGUGGGGAAAAUCCUAAUGUUUGUGAGACAGGUAUACACAUCUGCCUUGGGGACUGAGAAAAAGCCUGUGGACCUCAUUCUCAUCCACUUGGCAUUUUCUAAUAUGAUUAUUAUUUGUACCACGGGGAUCAGAGACAUAGCCACAGUGUUUUAUUUCAGAAACUUCCUCGGUGAUACUGGCUGUAAAGCUGUGGUUUAUCUGGCAAGGAUGGCCCGGGGCCUCUCCAUCUGCACCACCUGUCUCCUCAGCGUGGUCCAGGCUGUCACCAUCGGUCUCGGGAUCACCAGUUGGAGAAAGCUCAAACCACAGACCUCAUGGCAAGUUCUUAUCUAUGUCUUGCUCUUUUGGAUUUUUAAUGCCCUCACAAGUUUCAACUUGUUGUACUAUGUAGCAGCAGGCAGCGGCUUGAACAGAUCUGGAGUUGCAGGGUAUAUUGGAUAUUGCUAUAUGCUGCCAUCCGUGGACACAGUCAAGUGGCUUUUCCUCUGGCUCAUGGCUGUUCGGGAUCUCAUCUUUCAGAGUCUCAUGGGCUGGAGCAGUGGGAUUAAAGGCGUGUGCCACCACCGCCCGGCGAAUCUUUCUUAUGAGUGGACAAGGUGA